AUGGGAAAGCGCAAGGUCACCGCCCUCGAGAAGGUCGAUGUCGACUUCGCCGGCCUUCAGUACAAGAUCCGCCGCGACCCCAAGUCGUACGAAGAGAACUUCCUCCAACAAUGGGGCCAGUACGAGAGUCAGCGCGAGGUCUUCCUCGUCUCACCGACGACAGCGACGAGAGAGUACACCGAGUCCUUCCAUAACCUCGUCGAUCUCCUCGCGCACACCGUCGACCUGUACCCGAAGCAUGCCGUCGCGUUCCCCGACGACCUGAAGGCGAUCCUGCUGCAGCACCACGAAGUCCUGCACCCCGAGCUGCGCGAGAAGAUUGUCGGAAGUUUGGCGCUCCUCCGCAAGAAGGACGUCAUCGACUCAACGUACUACCUCACGACGUUAUUCCCCAUCCUCGUUUCCUCGCCCAGCAAGACGCUGCGAACGCUCUUGUUCGGCAAGAUCCUUACCGAGAUGCGCAAUGCGAACUCCAAGGCGACGAACCACCCCCUCAACCGCACGAUCCAGACCGUCCUGUACAACCUCAUCACGGCCGAUCGCACAUCACCGAAAGGUGUUUGGGCUGUCAAGCUGACCCGUGAGCUGUGGAAGCGACAAAUCUGGACCGAUGCCAAGACGGUCGACGUUAUGAAAGAGGCGGCCCUUUCCGACAACGAAAAGGUUGUCGUUGGUUCCGUUCGGUUCUUCCUCGGUGGCGACAAGGAGCGUGAGGAGUUGGAGGACGACAGCAGCGACGAAGAGCAGAUUGAUUUGCAAAAGAUGAAGCAUCAGAUCGGCAUUAACAAGAAAUCGAACAAGCAGAAAAACGCUUACAAGAAGGCCGUUGCCAAGAUUCACAAGCAGGAGCGCGGCAAGGGCAAGCCUCACCCGCUCAACUUCUCCGCCUUCCACCUCCUGCACGACCCUCAAGGCUUUGCCGAGACGGUGUUCCAGAAGCACCUGCAAAACACCAAGACAAAAUUUUCCCAGGAGAACAAGCUCCUCAUUCUGCAGCUGGUUACACGACUGGUUGGUCUUCAUAAGUUGACUAUCAUCAGCCUGUACUCGUGGUUCAUCAAGUUCCUCACGCCCCGCCAAGAGUCUGUCACUUCUUACCUGGCUUCUCUGGCUCAGGGAACGCAUAGCCUGGUCCCCCCUGAUGCGGUGGAGCCUCUCAUUCAGAAGAUUGCCAACGAAUUCGUCUCAGAAGCCGCCGCGGCCGAAGUCGCUGCUGCUGGUCUGAAUGCUAUCCGUGAAAUCUGCGUCAGACAGCCCCUGGCCAUGACCGACACACUGUUGCAAGAUCUUGUGCAAUACAGAAAGAGCAAAGACAAGGGAACGAUGAUGGCGGCCAAGGGUCUCCUGUCGCUAUACAGAGAGGUUGGCGCUGAUCUGCUGCAGAGGAAGGACCGAGGCAAGGACGCGUCCAUGGGUCUCAGAAGCGGAGAGAUCAAGACGAAGAGAUUCGGCGAGGAGGCAGUUGGUGGCAUUGAGGGUAUCGAACUGUUGGCAAGAUACAAGGAGGAGCAGCGCAAGCUCAAGCGAGCCGCCAAGGGCUUGCCUGAAGACGGCGCCGACAAGGACGAAGACGAGGACGAGGAUGGCUACAAGUCUGAGGACUGGGAAGUGGACUCUGACGACAGCGACGACUCGGGCGGCUGGAUCAACGUUGACCACUCGGAUGAUGAGGAUAAUGAGCCUGCGCCGAAGAAGCGCAGGACAGCAGAGGACGGAUCGGACUCCGAGGAGGAAGACGAGGAAGACGACGCCGACGAACUCGAGCGGAUACAAAAACUCGCCACGACCACUAUUCUCACGCCUGCCGACCUCGCGAAGCUCCAGGAGCUGCGUAUGGAGGCCAGUCUCAAUAAGACACUGGGCAAGAACACGAAGCGUUCAAAGGAGCUUGAAAAGGCUCUGGCCCGCCAUGCCGACGAUGGCCUCACGGCUGAGCAGAUUGAGGCGCCCGCCAGGCUGCGCAAGACGACCAAGGAGGAGAGAGUCGCGAUGGCCAGUGAAGGCAAGCCGGGCCGCGAAGAGCACAAGUCGACGCAGGCCAUCCGCCGGUCGAAGAAGGAGGCCGAGGGCAAGAGUUCGACGAACAAGGAGAAGGCGCGCCAGAAGAACUUCAUGAUGACGCUGAACAAGGCCAAGUACAAGAACAAGAGGAGUUUGGUGCAGACGAAGAAGGUGCUGCAGGGUCACAUUGACAGGAGUAAACGUGGCGGAAGACGUGCCAACGGUACAUAG